AGCGCCAUCUCCCUCUUGUGAACUCAGCAUCAAGAUGGGGAAACUCCUUCAGCCUCUCCUCCUCCUGGUGCUCUCCUUCUCGCUGGCCCAACCUGCCCACUUUCGGAGUCAGAUUAUUGGGGGUCACGAAGCUAAGCCCCACUCCAGACCAUACAUGGCGGCCUUGAAGUCAGAGGGCGGUUUCAUCUGUGGUGGAUUCCUAGUGGCACCCCAGUGGGUCAUGACCGCAGCACACUGCUUCAGCGAAUUUACCAUCGUCUUGGGGGCGCAUAACCUCUACGCGGUCGAGGAGUCUCAACAAGUGCUUGGUGUCGAGUCUUACCACAUUCACCCGGAAUAUGACCCAACAAUAAUUUCGAACGAUAUCCUUCUGCUGAAGCUAAACUUAGAGGCCAAGCUGAACAAAUACGUUCAAAUAGUGCCCUUGCCGAAGUCCAGCAGCGACCUCCCCGGUGGGACGGGAUGCAGCAUAGCCGGAUGGGGCCUGAUUGACCAAUUCAGAACCACACCGAAGCUCUUCGAGACCAACGUCACCAUCUACAACCGCAGAAAAUGCAUGAAGUUCUACCCAGAGCUCAAUGAUGGGAUGAUCUGUGCAGGCAGCUACAACCAACUUCGGGAUUCGAGCCAGGGGGACUCUGGAGGGCCAAUGGUGUGCAACGGCGUGGUGCAGGGAAUCGUCUCCUUCGGCAACCACUUCCCUCCCGGGGUUUACUCCCGCAUUGCCAACUACCUUCCUUGGAUCAAGGAAAUCAUGGAAUCAGACCAGUGAGAAGAAAGAACAACUGUGCUGUUUUUUAUAAAAAGGAAAAUGUU